AAACCAAGUGCCACCUCAUCAGACAACUCAGUUAGGGCGUUAACGUUUUGUAGUAGUGCGUCUACCCCUCUUGCCUUACCACCACUUAUAACGAAGACAACCCUUUUCCGAACUACUCGAUAUGCCCACGGCACUAGAUAAAGCGUUGAGAUCACGAGUGAGUACCUCUUCACAACAACACAACAUCCCGAAGCAAUCAUGCUUGUCGAAUCUCUUCUGAUAGUUUCCGCGAGCAAGAACGCAUUUCUUGCAUUCGCCGGCAUCGUGACGGGUGUCGCCGCAUGGUCUAUCUUUGGAGGCGAAGUGUUUCCUCAAGACCAGGCUGACCCAAAGGGCAAUCCUGAAGAAUGGACUCGCGAGGAGAUGCGCAGAUGGCUUGCACUGCGUAAUCUUCAUCCACAAGAUUCGGACACCCGGGAGCAGUUACUGGAAAGGAUCCAAGCGAACUUGAGAAUCCCAAGACAGUGAACUGGUCGUGCUGGAGAAAUCGGAGGAGCCCUAUGAUAUGUUUAUACCCCUUGAAGAAUACCUAGCCUGCAUUUAUCUCUGUUCCAUGUUCUUGAGGACAUUACUAUCUUCAUAGCAUGCUGCCCGGCGAUGGUGUCGUCAGCUGGCUAGAGGACACAUGGCUGUUGAAUCCUGUUCUCCCAUCG